UCUCUUCCUCUAGCUCUCUCGCGCUCGCAUGCUUGGUUUGGUAUAAAUAGCAGUGAUCGGUUCAACAACAUCAUUAUGUCAGAGGAAAAGCGAAGGAAAAUGGCGAAUUCACUUGAUCAUCUUAAACAGUUUACCACUGUUGUCUGCGAUACCGGCAAUUUUGAAGCAAUUGACGCGUACAAGCCAACAGAUGCGACCACGAAUCCAUCGCUGAUCUUACAAGCUGCACAGAUGCCAGCAUAUGAUGACCUCGUUAAUGGCGUAGUGGCUAGUGCAAAAGCAAGCGCAUCGUCUGUGGAUGAGCAGGUGGCAACAGCCAUGGAUAAAAUCAUGAUCACUUUUGGAAAGAAGAUUCUGGAAAUCGUUCCUGGGAGAGUUUCCACAGAGGUAGAUGCCAGGCUUUCCUUUGACAAGGAUGCACAGAUUGCCAAGGCCCGAAGCCUCAUCCAGCUCUACGAAGCCGAGGGAGUCAGUAAGGAACGUAUUCUCAUCAAGCUGAGCUCGACGUGGGAAGGGAUCAAAGCUGCCGAAGUACUAGAGAAAGAGUAUGGAAUUCACUGUAAUCUGACUCUUCUCUUCUCUAUGGCUCAGGCUGUUGCAUGUGCAGAGGCUGGGGUAACCUUGAUAUCGCCGUUUGUAGGCCGUAUAUUCGACUGGUUCGUGAAAAACACUGAUAAAAAGAGCUACGAACCAGCAGAAGAUCCAGGUGUCCAGAGCGUGACGAGGAUCUACAACUACUACAAGAAGUACGACUACAAGACAGUAGUCAUGGGUGCUUCCUUUAGGAACACAGGACAGAUUAAAGAGCUUGCAGGCAUCGACUUGCUGACUAUCAGCCCCAAGCUGCUGGAUGAACUGUCUAAAUCAACUGAAGCAGUUCCACGCAAACUAGAUCCUGAGACGGCUAAAGGCAGUAGCGAGGCGAAGAUUACCUUGAACGAGGCCGCUUUCCGCUUCAUGCACAACGAGGAUCAGAUGGCCGUGGAGAAGCUGUCCGAUGGGAUCCGAAAGUUUGGAGUCGAUGCCGGCAAGUUGGAGGACUUGCUUCGAGAGAAGCUUAAGCUGUCCUAAACAUUGUUGCCAUAGCGACAGAAUUGUAUCGUCUCCAGGGCGAACAGGGGUAGUGAAGCAUUUUGCACGGGAAAUAUGUGCACAAACUGUAGAGAUUUGCUACUGAAAAGUUGGGAGUUUUAGUGAAAGAGAAAGAGUGAAAGAGAAGGGGGUGGGGAGGGGAAGGAGGAGGUGGGGGCUUAGGAGACUUAACACCAUUUCUUCUUCAUCAUGUUUUCAAUCCACACUAUACAUCGAUUUAGUGCCCUUGAGAAUAUGAUGUGAAAAUUAUCAUUUAGGGUUAUUAGAUGAAGAUAUUGUGAAUUUCUCCAUAGUGAGUAAAAAACAAAAUUGAUGAUUUGUGACCAUGCACCACGAAACCCAAAAAAGGCCGCCAGAAAUGAAAUUAUAGUAAAAUAGCCCUUCUGAUGGAGGAGACUCUAAGCUUUAUAAUGAUAUAUAGCUCUUAACAAUGAUUGGUCCUAACCCUUCUCAAGUAAGAGGAGAAUGUUAACUACACUGGAACACUCCUUUUGAGAAAAGGGGGUUAAAAAUUACUUGUCUAUUGAAGAGAGCUUAUUCUUCCACUAUUGUGUGUUGUAGACAAAAGGAAGAUUAAAAAUUCAUAGAAUUUUGAUAGAAGGGAUUAACAGUUCACACACUUAUUAGGUACAUCCUGUCCAUUAGUUUGAACAAGUAUCAUUGUUAGAACUUAUCCUGUUUGAAAUUUAUAGGAGUUCAAACAGAGAUGAAUAUCAAGGCUUUUGUGAACACAAAAUAUGAUAACAUUUAACUCAAAAAGACAAAAAUACGCACUUUAGGUUUGAUUGGUACAUUCCUUUUUGUACAGUAAAUAGGCCUGGGAGAGUAUACUCUUUUAGAAAACACAAAAAUUUGAACAUUCUGACCAAAACACUCUUCAUUGGCUCCAAUUACAAAUCACUCAGUGCGACUUGUUGGUUUUAUGGUGCUAGGUUACAUUUAACUAAAAGAUCCUAAUUUGGUGCUUUUCGUAUCAUUUGUCAAGACGAAUAUAUAAUUGAUUUAAAAGGGGGCAGGGGGUUCGCAUUGAAGCAUGACAUAGUACUGUUAUUGAUCAUUAUUUCUUAAUUUCAAUAUUUUAUCAGAUUGUAUGUGGUUAACAAUCAAUCAAGAAAAUUGAGGAAUCAAGUUUCAAUAUUAUUCAAUGUUAAGUACGUUUCUGCUUGAGUAAUGUAUCUCUCCCAUUCCUGAUGACCUCUCAAAUAUGAAAAUCAUGGGGACAUAGUUUGGAGAUCAUUCUCUGUAGGAAAAAUACAAACUUUUUGUUGUCAAUUUUGUAAAGUGAUUGUUAUAUUAAAGAUUAGAUUACCUUAAACUUGAACUUUUUAAGGAAAAAAAAUCAGGCGAAAAACAUUCCCCGAACCACACCGUGUCAACUCAGCGUAGGGUCUUGUGAUAUGUGGUACUUUUCUGUUGAUACUCCGAAGAAGAAAAAGACAUUUGUAAGCAACAUAGAUUAUGGAAUAUAUAUUUUGGUAUUAGAGGUGUAUAUUUUAUUUUGCAUGUAGAAUAUAAUUCAUUUUCUAAUUGUACUUUCUGUCAAACAGACUUCCUAAGGUUACUUAUGUUAGAAUUUUUUCAGAUAAAAUUGUAGAAAGAUUGUUUCAAUUAUGAAAUAAUAAAACAUAGCAAUAUACAUUAAGAUAUCCUUGAAACACGUAAACACAAAAUUUGUAUCUGUCUGCUAAAAUCUAAUUCAAGUAAACAUUGACUAAUAGUCAAUUUCAUUUUCUACCAAUGACAUCAGAUGUUCAUGUGCCCAAUGUGUGAAAUUAUUAUUUUUUUUGCAUUUGUAAUUUUCUUACCGGUAUGUGAGUCUGGUAAUUAAAAAAAAUCAAUACAUUCUUCAGAGAAGAAUGCUUUGUACUAUUGUAGUUUGGAAACUUGUAAAACUUAAACAUUUUUGAAAUGAUAAAAAUUAUGUAAUGGGGAUAUAGUAUUCGAAGGUUACUUUACCCAAUGUAUGUUGUAUGCAAAGACUCAAUAAAGUAUUAUGUACUAUUCAUAUAA